CCGUGUGGAUUUAUUGUCUUUUUUUUCGAGUUCGCUUUUCAGUGAAAGAGAAAGUAUAUUUUGGUGGAGAGAAAGAACGCAAGGGGAUUUUCUUUUGGCUAAUUGAAGCAAAACAAAAACACUGUUCAAAACAAAAUAUGGAUCAUGCUGCAAUUGAGCAAACGCAUUCACACGAACAUGAACCUAUAAGCUUUGGGAUAGACCAAAUACUGAACAAUUCGGAUCAAGGGAGUUGUAUGCAUCCAAACAGAGUUGCUGAAUCGGAUUACCAGCUUGUAACCAACCCGUAUAACUCGCAGCCAGAUGGCUACAGUAAUGCUUACAAUAACGCCUGCAGUAUGGCUGGAUUACCCGGAUCCUAUAAUGUUAACAUGUGUAUGAAUAUGAAUGUAAGUAUGAAUAUGAAUCUUAACAUGAACAGCGGGGCCGGGGUGAUCCGUGUCCCGGCGCACAGACCUAUGCCACCUCCACCUCUCUCGGCCGGGAUGCCAACUGUGCCCUGUCUCCCCAGUAUGGGCAACGUGGCAAACUUAUCUAAUUUAACUUUCCCUUGGAUGGAGAGCAGCAGGCGCUUUGCUAAAGACAAACUAACAGCUGCCCUGUCUCCCUUCACCACGGCCAGGAGGAUCGGACACCCGUACCAGAACCGCACACCUCCAAAGCGGAAGAAGCCCAGGACCUCGUUCAGCCGCCUACAGAUCUGCGAGCUGGAGAAACGCUUCCAUCGACAGAAAUACCUGGCCUCGGCUGAAAGGGCAACACUGGCUAAGGCUCUCAAGAUGACCGAUGCCCAGGUCAAGACCUGGUUCCAGAACAGAAGAACCAAGUGGAGGAGACAAACAGCCGAGGAACGGGAAGCUGAGAGGCAACAGGCAAACCGACUGAUGAUCCAGCUUCAACAGGAGGCCUUCCAGAAGUCGCUGACUCAGCCCAUUCAACAGGACCCACUUUGCGCCCACAACGCUUCCCUUUACGCCCUGCAGAACCUACAGCCCUGGGCAGAUGACAGCAGCAAAAUCACCUCCGUCACCUCAGUGGCUUCUGUGGUCUGA